AGACAGGUAGUGAUACGUUCCGAGGUCCGCGGCGGAGCGAUCUGCGCGACGACAAAGACGAGAUGUUGUUAGCAGGGAGAUCCCAUUACAGAGGACGCAUGUUGUAAUAUGGUCGAAACAAAAGCGUAAGAAGCGGUAGGCCUUCUACAAAAAUUAGCCUCAAAAUCCAAUCGCAGUAACUUUUAGUGGAUUUAUAGGCUACUCGCGUGGGAAAUGGAGAAGAAAAGGUGUGAUUGCACUGCUCUCCCCAAGGGCUGGAAAAUGGAAGAAGUGACCAGAAAGUCGGGUUUGUCAGCUGGAAAAAGCGAUGUCUAUUAUUUUAGUCCAUCAGGGAAGAAGUUUCGGAGCAAGCCUCAGCUGGCCCGUUACCUUGGAAACCAGAUGGACCUCAGCUCCUUCGAUUUCCGCACGGGGAAGAUGCUGAUGAGCAAGCUGAACAAGAACCGCCAGAGACUGCGCUACGAUAACAACAACCAGAACAAGGGUAAACCUGACUUGAACACGUCGCUCCCAGUAAGACAGACAGCAUCCAUCUUUAAGCAGCCUGUUACCAAGGUUACCAACCACCCAAACAACAAAGUGAAGACGGACCCUCAGAAAGCCGUGGACCAGCCCCGACAGCUGUUUUGGGAGAAGAAGCUCAGUGGUCUCAAUGCUUUUGAUAUUGCAGAGGAGCUGGUGAAAACCAUGGAACUGCCUAAGGGCCUGCAAGGUGUGGGUCCAGGCUGCACAGAUAAGACCCUCCUGUCCGCGAUAGCGAGCGCACUUCACACCAGCGCCGCUCCCAUCACCGGCCAGCUGUCUGCAGCCGUGGAGAAGAACCCCGGAGUGUGGCUCAACACCACACAGCCGCUCUGCAAGGCCUUCAUCGUCACUGAUGAGGACAUCAGGAAACAGGAGGAGCUGGUGUACAGUGUGAGGAAAAGGCUGGAGGAGGCCCUGAUGGCUGAUAUGUUGGCCCAUGUCGAGGAGGCUGCCAGUGAUGGCGAGGCUCUGAAGGAGGACGGCAACGGCAGCGAAGAUAUGGAGAGUGUAUAGCACAGGGAUUUGUUCAACGCCCGCACACAUGAUCAUGCACGGUAGGAGCAUACAGCAGUCCUGCCUUCAUGAACUGUCCCCGAGUGUCUGCGUCCAACCCUAACCUGACCCGACUAACACCAGUCCUCUAAAGAACCACCUAAAGAACUGUCUUCCCUUGAGCCAAAAAAUCCUGGCAGUCUCAGAUGCGUCUAUUCAUCAUUAACUCCACUGGAUGGGAAUCCUUGACUUCAACGACAAUUAAAUUACUUAUUUCUGAGCUGACAUUUUUAAAAACUCCCUUGAACUUUCAAAUAUUAAAAAUAACUUAUCUACAGUGUGUCAAAUUCAGUGUUUGAGAAGUGUAUUUUUUACUGAGAGGCUUUGAAUGGGUUUGUAUUAAUUUAGUGACAAUCGUCAUAUCCAAACAUUUUACGUCAGCUAAAUGUUUAUCUGGAUAUCUUUCCUUUUUUUUAGGGCAGAUGGAAAUGAAUGUUUUGUAUUUUUGGCAUGUCUCUUUUUCUUUUAAUUGAACGAUGCGCUCCAGGAGACACAAACGCAGUGUUUUCUAGAGAAACCAGUUUAGCUGUAACAUUACUGAGUUUAUUUAAGCCCUAAUAGGUGCCAACCUGCAGUCCUCCUGAUGAUACUAAUGCAGAUGUUGUAGUUUGAAUCCUGUGUUGAUCCAUCGGAGGGCAUAGUAACGUUUUUAUUGUUGUAGUUUCAAGGAAAUGAUGUACUUUAUGACAGCUGUGUCAUCCUGUGAGUAAUGGUUAUUGACCAAAGACAUGAGACAUGUCAUUGGAAGAGGGUUGUUUGACAUUUAUGUAACUAAAGUCUGCUUGGUAUUUUUACCGUUAGCAGUUAUAUUGGCUCUGCUGUUGUAAAAUUAAUAUAAGAAAAACAAGAGUGGGAUGAGCACAAUGGUAAAUAUAUAACUUAAAGACCCAUUCCAUUGUAGAAUAACUGUUUAACUCAUUGUUAUAGAUGCUUACUGAUGUUGUAAAUCAUGGUUGUUUAGGUUUUGUUUCUGUCUGUCUCAAUCCAGGUUUUUUUAUUGUGUCAAUGUUACCAGCAUAGAAUAUAUAACCAUGUUUACCACACACAUGCUGCCUCCAUGUAAACCCAGCACAAAAUUGGUGUCAAAGAAAUGUGGUUUUAAUUCAUUUAAUUUAUCAUCUGAGGAAUAAUGGUUUUGUAUUUUAUAUCCCUGUCGAUCAUGGUUUGAUGUUAAAUAAUCUAUCAAGCUGAAAUCAUGAAAAUCCCUUCUUAUUAUCAGCAGGCUGAUGCUGAAUGAAUUUGAUUGUAUUAAUUAUUAAAAUGAGUUGAAAUGUCA